GCUGCUGGUACUCCACGCGGCUGUCAUGGCUCCGAACGUAAACAGAAAGUCCAAUAACGGCACAAUUAGUUUGCAGUUUUUAGCCAAAUUAACUGCAGCUACACUUUAACUGUAAUUACCAGCCGGAGAAAGAAGUGCCAGGUACUCGCAAGGUUCAAGUAGCUACAGAGUCACUUACAGGAAUCACAUGUCGGGGGGAAACAAAGCCAUCGAGUUACAGCUUCAGAUGCGGCAAAAUGCGGAGGAUCUGCACAGCCUCAUGAGGGACCUGGAGAGCUGGGAGACUGACAUAAAGAAGAAGGACGAGGAGCUGAGGACGGGAGGACUUCAGGAGGCCCAGAAGAAGCUCCCGCCUGUGCGCAACAAAGACUACAAAACAAAGAUGAGGGAAAAGAAGAAGAAAAAGACAAAGAAGGAGCCAGCAGGCAACGGUGACGCAAGGGGAGAGGAGCCCAAGCAAGCCUCAAAGAUUAAAGGCUACGACUAUCGAUCAUGGGACAAGUUUGACGUGGAUAAGGCUCUGGCAGAGAUGGAUAAGGAGGAAAGUCCUGCAGAGUCAAAUGAGUCCGACUCCGAGGAAGCUGCAGUUGAUAAGGAGAAAGCACUGGCUGAGAAAGAUAAGGGAAACACGUUUUUCAAAGCUGGGAAGUACGAUGAAGCCAUUGAGUGUUACACCAGAGGGAUGGGUGCAGAUCCAUACAGCCCUGUGCUUCCCACAAACCGAGCCACCUCCUUCUUCAGACUCAAAAAGUAUGCUGUGGCAGAGUCCGACUGCAACUUGGCUAUCGCUCUGGACAGCAACUACUUCAAAGCGUACGCCCGAAGAGGAGCAGCACGGUUUGUGCUGAAGAAAUAUGAAUCUGCGCUAGAAGAUUAUGAGAUGGUUCUGAAGCUUGACCCCGGGAACGUGGAAGCACAGAAUGAAGUGAAACGAAUCAAAGAGACCCUCGGCCAUCAGGCACAGGCCGUCACGAGCGAAGCCGCACAGCCACAGGAGGCUCCCACAGCGGACCCUGAGCAGCAGAGGCGACAGGUGGAGCAGCAGAGGCGACAGGAGGCGGUUAUUCAAAAAGACAGAGGGAAUGCUUAUUUCAAAGAGGGGAAGUAUGAAGCGGCUGUUGAGUGCUACAGCAGUGGCAUCGAGGCAGACAGCAUGAACGUCCUACUGCCCGCCAACAGAGCCAUGGCCUACCUCAAGCUGGAGAAAUAUAAGGAGGCAGAGGAGGACUGCAGCAAAGCCAUUUUUCUGGACAGGACGUACUCCAAGGCCUUCGCCCGUCGUGCCACCGCCAGAGUGGCCCUAGGAAAACUGAAGGAGGCUAAACAAGAUUUUCAGGAGGUGUUGAAACUGGAACCAGGGAACAAGCAGGCCCUGAAUGAGCUCCAGAAACUCCAGAUUGACAUGGGUUCCAGCAGCCUCCUUCAAACAGCAGACAGCACACAGAGGAGAACAGUCCAGCCGUUUGACAAACCAACACAUCUGCGGUCAACGAAACCUCUAAGGAGGAUUGAUAUUGAGGAAGUGAGUGGAAAGGUGACGGUGCUUGAGGUGGAGUCAGGUGGGUCCAAGUCCUUCAUCCAGGAGGUGAUGAGGGAGGCUGAGGAUGAAUCGUCUCCACUGUCGACAUCACCCAGCGCCAAGAUGAUCAAGAUCGAGGAGAUGGCAGAAGUCCCUUCACACUCAUCUGACCAAGUUCCAGCUAGCAGAGAGACCAAACAACCUGCGCAGGGGGAAAUCGCUCAUCCUCCUGAACCGUCAAGCACCCCCUCCCCGACAGUAACAGACCCGCCUCCUCCACCCACCAACAGCUUCCAGCUGGAGGCCGACCUCCGAAAGAUCGGAAACCAGCCUGAAGUGAUUUACAGAUAUCUGAGGCAAAUCAAGCCCGAAGCGUACAGAAACAUUUUCCUCAACUCCCUUGAACCUGACAUUCUCAAUCAGAUCCUGAGGACGCUGCAUGGUUUCUAUAUCAAGAAUGAAGCACCGGCCAUCACACUGGAGAUCCUCAGGAGUCUAGCAAGUGUAAGGCGCUUCGACAUGGCUGUCAUGUUCCUGUCGUCUCCGGAAAAGAAAGUGCUUAAAGAAGUGUUUGACUUCCUUCACCAAGCUGAUCUGGAGGGAUCAUCUGUCGCAGCCUUACAGAAGAAGUACGGUGUGUGAUGCUGGGAUUUCAGACAAAUCUGCAACUUCUGUAGACUUUAAAUUACAACACAGAGCACCUCAUCGUUUUACAUCAAGCCAACUAAACAAUGUAGUUCUAUUCUAAUUCUGAAUAAACUUUCAUUAAAGUGGACUGCUGUGUAGUGGCCCUUCUCCUGUCAAAA